AUGGAAGAAACGACUUAUAAUGUAACUACAACCAUGAUACAACAUUGCAAUGUCACCGGUCGGUGGAAUUUUAUUGACGAACGUUUACAAAUACAGUGUAGACAGCUUCCUCAAAUUGACUUUCACUUCCCAUAUAAGAAUAUAUUCUGCAAAAUGUGUAACGAAGAACGUGUCGAGUAUGAUAAAUGUCGUGAUAUCGUGUGCUACCCUGGACGUGUAUUGAUUAAUGGGACGUGCAUACCACUUCUGCCAUACACUUCUAAUCUUGGUUAUACACUUACAUUUGGAGUUCAUGUUCAAUCUGAAGCUCCGAUAAAAAACACACGAUACUUACUACAAAAAAUUGAAGAAGAAAUUCUGAUUCAGCUAGCAUUUAUUGUUCCGAUCAUGAUCAUGUGUCUGUUAAACAUCUUUUUCUUUAUAUAUUCAGCACAUUCGAUUGCAACGACUCCAAAAUUGAAAAAUGAUGAUUCCUAUCAGCAAAAUUCAGUAAAUCUAGCUGUUUACAUCAAAUUAUUUACAAUAACAGGCAGUUCUUGGGUAAUACAAAUAAUAGAUUCGUUUCUUCCCCUCUCAUUCUUUUCCAUAAUUGUGUCUCUGUUAAAUGCUUUGCAGGGGGUCUAUAUUUUCGUUGCAUACAUAUGCAACAAACGUGUUUUCAUUCUUUAUCGUAGUUUAAUUUGUAAUAAAGCUGUUUUCAAAUUUGGUUCUGAAUCACGCAAUGUCACUAGAAAUGAAACUUUGACAUCAACAAAACUAUGAACUAAACAGACAGAUGUUACCUCAAACAAAGAUUUGCAUCAUAGAGUAAAGUUACAUUGAAACGAUUAACUCUUCGAAAAUAACGUUCAGGUAAGAUGCUCUAUGCAAUUUUUUUUUUCAUUUGGUGAAGACACUGUGCCUCAUCUGUAUUAACAUUACUGGUUCCUAGCCUAAUCUAUACAAGUACUGGAAUUUGAUAACACCGAAUGUUUUAUGAUACCUAGAUAUUAAUGUUUACUCAAAUCACAUUGUGUCGCGUAAAAUUAUCACGUAGCAAAAACCAAAUGUAUCCUUGGAAUUGUUGUUUUAACAGUAUGCAUUUUCUAAAAUGCUUAUACAAAUCAACGCGCCUGAGCUUCAAUAAUCGAAAAAACAACCUAUGAAUCAUAAUUUCAAAAGCUUUUGUUUUGAACUUUUCACUGGUUUAGUACAUUAACCGUAAGAAUUUCGUCGUUUUCCUUUAAUUUUGGUUAACUUAAACUCCGUUAGGAAAUUAUCUUGUAACAUAUAUAGGGUGAACAAAAGUUGGUACGAUUUAAAAUCAUCCUAAUAGCAAGGAAAAGCGGUGGGUCACUACUGGGAAAUGUAUGUGUGAUAUGUUAUAUAUGGCUACUAUGACCAGUUAUCGUCAGUAUUGAAUCAUUCAACUAAAUUCUAGCUAUUUCCACUUAUCUGACAUUAAUUGAUAGUGUGUAGCAUGAAGAGCAAACGGUCUGUAGAAUAAGCUAACUACAUCGUCAUUCGGUCUAUAAAUUUGGAAGCUGUUUUCCAUUUAUGAAUAUGAACUUAUCAUAAAUUUAUGUGACUUGAAAUAAUAUUUUUACGGUAUAUUAGUCAGAUAAUGAAUAUUCAUAUGUUUUUCAUUUAAAUGACACAACUUGUAGUGUAAAGAUUGCAUAAAGAAAGACACACCUACGGUCGUUCUUUCAUUGGAUCAAUCUUGACAUCCCUCGAUGUAUUAUACAUGUUAUAAGACAAGAAAAAUCUUAAAAUAUGAAUCAUCUAAAACAUAAACUACAUUUCAAAGUGUUAUUAUUG